GCUCCAAAUUUACAUUGACGUCACUUCCUUUCGCUUGUGUGGUCGUUAGUAAGCUAACUAGAUAAUUAUAUACUCAUGGUAGACUUUAUCAACAAAUGUACUAUUUCUAAUGUAUCCAAAUGACGGGGUUGUGAUAGUAGAAGUAUUUUUGUAAAUCAGCUUGAACUGUUGAAGUUGCUGUUGAGUUAAUCUCUGAGGUCCCACACGAACUGAUCAUGGCUAGCAGUGCUAAUGCUAACAACAUGAAUGCUGUCCGAGAAACGAUGGAUGUGCUGCUGGAGAUCUCGAGGCUAUUGAACACAGGACUGGACAUGGAGUCUCUGUCUAUCUGUGUCAGGCUGUGUGAGCAGGGCAUCAACCCAGAGGCCCUGUCCUCUGUCAUCAAGGAGCUACGUAAAGCCUCCGAUUCACUAAAAGCCUCUGACAACUGAAGAUCUGAGACGGAUCCCAACAAAACAAGUCUGCUGAGCGGAAGUCUUUUCACGCAGUCAAGUUUCACAAUAUUGCCAAAUAGUGAGCGUCUAUUACCCUGACCUAUUCCCCUGACCUAUUCCCCUGACCUAUUCCCCUGACCUAUUCCCCUGACCUAUUCCCCUGACCUAUUACCCUGACCUAUUCCCCUGACCUAUUCCCCUGACCUAUUCCCCUGACCUAUUCCCCUGACCUAUUCCCCUGACCUAUUCCCCUGACCUAUUCCCCUGACCUAUUACCCUGACCUAUUACCCUGACCUAUUCCUUGUGCCUCUGGAUUUGAUCCCUGGCUUCAUUUGAAGAAAUAUGGUGUGUGUUUAACAUUUGGUCUGGCAACAUCAGUGGCCAAUUCUCCUUGUGUUCCUGUCAUCAGCUUGGUGUGCAAUCUGACAAUAUGAAUGACUGCAAUGCCCUGAUAUCCAGUGUUUCAGUACCCCUCCCUCCCUCAAUCAUAUAGGUUGUCAGUUCAGUCGUUUUUCUUCUGACUGAAGGAAGCCUAAUGAUUGGCACUCCCCAUCAUCACACAGUGCUCCAAUGAUGGGUUGUUUUCGAUUCCUUCAUGCCUUUUUGGAUGUGUAAAAAAAAGUCUUAUUUAUUGCGAAUUGUGUGUAGUUUUAUAUGAAUUUAAUGUCCGUUUUUUUCCUUCAAUGUCUGGCAUGUCAAAGUUAUUUUUUUCUCUCUCUCGAAGUGUCCAGGAUUGUCAAUGAUGGAUGGAACUCAAUAUUAAAAGUAGUUGCAUUUUAUAUCCA